GGGCGCCGCCGCCCGCCCCCUGCCGGCCGGGAGGUCGCACGGCCGGAAGCGGCGGCGGGAACAUGGCGCUGUACAGCGCGGCCGCCGCCGUCCUGCAGGGGCUGGAGCGCGGCGAUGGCGGCAUCAAAAGCCUGGUGUACAACAGCCGCUUCCCGCACAUCCGGCAGCUGUAUGCCCUGGUGUCUGAGACCCUCCGCUACUCCCCGGUGCUGGAGAAGCUGCUGGCUGGCGCCGCGCUGCUGCAGGCCGAGAAGAAGCUGCCCCCGCAGCUGGCAAAGGUGCUGGUGUACGACCUGCUCUUUGGCAAGGGUCUGAAGUGCGGGGGCCGUUGGAAGGCGCUGGCCCGGCGGCACCGGGCCCGGCUGGAGGCUGAGCUGGCCCGUCUGAAGGUGCAGCAGAAAGUAAGCCGCAACGAGGACCUCCUGGCCCCGGUGCAGGCAGCAAGCCCUGGCGCCUCCCAGGUGCCGCGCUAUGUCCGAGUCAACACCCUGAAGACUUGUGUGGAUGAUGUGAUUGACUUCUUCAAGCGCCAGGGCUACUCCUACCUGGGCAAAGCAGCCAGCGUGGAGGAACUGAGAGCCCUCUCCGGGAAGAAAUUCUUGCUGGAUCUUCAUCUCCCGGAGCUACUGGUUUUCCCUCCGCAGACAGACUUCCACGACAACCUGCUGUACACUUCAGGACACAUAAUUCUACAGGAUAAGGCCAGCUGCCUCCCUGCCUUCCUCCUCGACCCUGCCGCCGGCUCCCACGUCAUUGAUGCCUGUGCUGCCCCAGGCAACAAGACCAGCCACCUGGCUGCCAUCCUGAAGAACAAGGGACAGAUCUUUGCCUUUGAUGUGGACACCAAACGCCUGGCCACCAUGAACACCAUGCUGAUGCGGGCUGGGGUCACUGGCUUCCAGCUGGCCCAGCAGGACUUCCUGACGGUGGAUCCCGGAGACCCCAAGUACAGCAAGGUGACCUACAUCCUCCUCGACCCGUCCUGCAGCGGCUCAGGGAUGGUGAACCGGCUGCCGAGGGAGGAGGCUGCCCCGAGCCCUGAUCGGCUGCAGGCGCUGGCCGGCUUCCAGCGCAAGGUCUUGAGCCAUGCCCUGAGCUUCCCGGCUCUCCAGCGCCUGGUGUACUCCACCUGCUCGCUGCACCGGGAGGAGAACGAGGAUGUGGUGCAGGCCGUGCUGCAGGAGUGGGGCUCGUCCUUCAGACUGGUGAACGCCUUCCCUUCCUGGCCUUGCCGAGGACUCGCUGCCUUCCCCGGAGCCGAGUGCUGCCUCCGUGCCUCUCCUGCAGACACACUCACCCAUGGCUUCUUUGUGGCCGUCCUGGAGCGGUACAGGGAAGGAGCUGCUGCUCCCAGCUCCCUGCCUGCAGCAGCUGAGAACCCAGAGCACGGUGAGGGAACGGCGCCAGGAACAGCUCCCAAGAAGAGGAAGAGGAAAAAGCAGCGGGUGAAGGAGUGAAAUAACAUUUUUAGGACUGCACGGUGCCCAGCUGGGGCUGGCAGGGAACACUCCUCCAGUGCCACUGCGGCCCCAAGGACAGCGGGGCCUCCAAACACAAGUAAAGCCUCUGCGCCAGCUGCAGCCAUAGUGGAAUUCUGUGACACCCUGCUCCCCUGGGACCGAGUGCCAACCCCUGGGACAGCCCUCGUGCCAGGAAGGGGGAACACCUCACCCAGGGCAGCCUCGGGAGGGCUGCAGGCAGUGCCAGUGUUCAGCAUAACC